CUCAACCUCGAGGCCCAAUCAAGAGAGCAGGCUACCUAGCAAAGAGGGCAAAGAUGCUACAAAGGGCGUCAGCAAGACAUGCGGCGACUUCAAGCAGGCAGCUGUCCAUUGCUGUGUCCCUCAGGGCAUGUCCCGCCGGUAUGGCCAGGUCCGCUCAAAGCCUUGGACCGCGCAUGACGAUGACCAAGACUCUUCAACCACGAUCCCCUGCUAUGCGCCGCUGCUUCUCCUCCUCCGCACCGCUACUCUCAACACCACACGAGGUCCCUCUCUCCGCCAUUCGCAACAUCUCCGCUUGGGGACACAUAGAUGCAGGCAAGACUACACUCACCGAACGUCUCCUCUACCACACAGGCGGGCAAGCCAGUGCACCUGACUCGGUCCACUCUGCAGCCAAUUCAGCAUUGCCGGGCGACGUCGAUUCCGGAUCGACGGUCACCGACUACCUUGAGCAAGAAAGAGAAAGAGGCAUCACAAUACAAAGUGCAGCCGUCGGCCCACUAUGGUGGAAAUCGCAGAGCAGCAAGGAUAACCCUUCGGCAGCUAUCACCCUUGUUGACACGCCAGGCCAUAUCGACUUUACCAUCGAAGUCGAGCGCGCCCUCCGUGUCGCCGAUGGGUGCAUCGUAGUGAUGGAUAGCGUAGAGGGAGUCGAGGCCCAGACGGAAGGCAACUGGAAGAUCGGCAGCCGAUAUGGGAUCAAGUCGAAUGUCCUCUUCUUGAACAAGCUCGACAGGCCCGGAGCAUCUAUUGCGAGAUGCUUGCGGUCAUUUGUUCAGCGGGGUCUUCACGCAAGACCAUUGCUACUGCAGCUGCCCAUCUUGCCGUCGGGAUCAGGAGGAACAGAAAUUGACGGCGGUAUAGCUGGAGUCAUCGACCUUCUCACCAAGGAAGAGCUGCGCUUCGAAGGCAGAGCGGGCGAGCAGGUAGUCCGCACUCCUUCUUCAUCACCAGAGAUAGGGCCCGCCCGUCACUCAUUGAUCGAGUCCCUCGCUUCCCUCGACGAGGUCCUCAUGGAAGAGCUCUUCAGCAUCGAGUCGGACGAUCCUCACCAGAGCAUCUCAGCCCAAUCCCUGCGUCAAAGCAUCCGUCGACUCACGAUCGCCGGCAAGAUUGUCCCUACCCUCCUCGGCUCGGCAGCCAAGCAUGUCGGGGUACAGCCUGUACUGGACGCUGUGGUCGAUUACUUGCCCUCGCCGGGCGAAGCGGGCGAUGUACGUGAUGAGCUAGGGAUGGGCAAGGGCACAGUCCAUGGUACGAGUGAGCGCGCCCGUGAGGUCGGGCGAGGAGGAUCGCGCAAGCCCAAGGUACAGGGCAAGGCUACUCCACCGUCCAAAGAGGCGAGCGAGAAGAAGGAAAGCGCUGCAGCCGCUUCAGACGGGCCUCGUCUGACAGGCGAAGACGAUGCGGUCGCCGCAGCCGAAGACGCCAACCGUGUCUCGAUCAACGUACAAGACCCGACCCUCUCCUGCCUGGCAUUUAAAGUCGUCUGGGACAAGCGUCGGGGGCCAAUGACAUUCGUGCGGGUCUACUCGGGCACGCUGAGUCGUACUACCACGCUCUUCAAUACCUCCACGGGCACGAGGGAACGACUCAGUCGCCUCCUCUUGCCUUUCGGGUCUACGUAUACCGAAGUAGAGAAGCUUGGCGGGGGACAAGUGGGCGUCCUGCUCGGCCUCAAGGACACAAGAACGGGUGACACGCUCGUUGACGCUAGGCCUGCAGGAGGCAAAGCGGCUACAAUGGAUCCUACGCUCCGCCUGCGACCGGUGGACGUCCCCCCACCAGUAUUCAGCGUAAGCGUCGAUGCCCACUCCAAAUCCGACGAAGAAGCUGUGAACGAAGCGCUAGCCAUGCUAGUCCGUACCGACCCCUCCCUCCGACUCGAUUCUGGAUCGGGGGACGACGCAGGCGGAGGGUCAGCUUUCGGUGCCGCAGGCACCAAUCAGACCAUCCUGAGCGGCAUGGGCGAGCUUCACCUGGAUAUCGCAAAAGAUAGGCUGAAAAAUGAGUUCGGGGUGAAAGCGCGCAUCGGUGGAGUCAGAGUCGCUUUCAGAGAGACGGUCGACGAGCAGCUGCGCGGCGUCAAUGCAGAGCCUCAUGUCGUAGAGGACGUUCUGGAGCGCGAUAUGGGCGGUAAGCGGGUCAAGGCAGGGGCUCGCGUGACCGUGCAGGCCCUGGCAGAGAACGAGGAAGGAGACCCCGCCUACGGAGAUAAUAUCGUUGAGGUUCGCCUGGGUGGCGAAGAGGGCCAGAAGGGCAACAUUGAAUCUCGCUCCGAGGCCAAGAGUCGUACAGCUCGAGGCAAUAAGGGUGAUCCCGCAUCUGGCGUGUCAAACCUCAAUGCUGAGCAGAGGCAGGCUCGUCGGGAGGGAAGCAAGGGAGCCACUCCUGCCGGAUCAGACGAGACCGGUACCGUAGGCAUCGACGCAGACUCUCUGCGGCGCUCUGUUCUUUCGGGGGUGACGGCUUGCCUCUCGCGCGGCCCUCUGGCUUCACAGCCCUUGACGAAGCUGCACAUUCGUGUCACCGAUGUGCAGACCUUUGGACCCGAGCAGAGUCCCCCUCGCGCGGUGGGCGCGAUCAUCCAGAGCCUUGUGCGCCGUGCGGUGCGUGAGGCAGGGGCACGCAUUGCGGAGCCUGUCAUGCGGGUGAGGAUCGAGACGGAGGAGGGACAUAUGGGGCGAGUGGUGAGCGAUGUCACGACCGAUCAAGGCGGGGAUAUCGUUGAGGUGGAGCAUGAAGGGGCAGCGCAGGAGGGGACGGAAAGGAGGCCGGUGGAUGUGUAUCUUCCACCGGAGUCGCAAGGAGAAGGUGGAGAGGCAGAGGGAGCCAUUCCUGGCGCGAGACAGAAGACGACCAUUGUCGCUCUCGUUCCGCUGACGAAGCUCGUCUCCUACUCAUCGCGCCUCCGAGCUUUGACGGCGGGCACAGGCACCUUUACUAUGCGCCUCGAGGGGUUCAGAAAGGUGAGCGAUGAGCGGCAAAAGCAGAUCUUGGAGGAGCUGGGACGCGUUUGAGCAAGAACAUAUGCACGGCGUAGAAUGUCAUUGUACUCAGCGCUCUUUACGAUCAUCUAUGUACUGGUAUCAGCUCCUCGAGUAAUGAAGCGGGCCACUU